AUGCAGGAUGCGCGGAAAGAUAGCGAGAACCGUCGCCCUUGUCCCUCGUUGCUCAAGAAACUCCCGUCGCGUUUGUCCCUCCCGUCGCUCCCGUCCCUUGUCCAUCCCGUCGCUCACCGCUUUCCCUUUCCGUCGCCCACGCUUGUCCAUCCCGUCGCUCACCGCUUUCUCUUUCUGUGGCCCACGCUUGUUCAUCCCGUCACUCACCGCUUUCCCUUUCCGUCGCCCACGCUUGUCCAUCCCGUCGCUCACCGCUUUCCCUUUCCGUCGCCCACGCUUUUCCAUCCCGUCGCUCACCGCUUUCUCUUCCCGUCGUUCGCCCUUUUCCUUCCGUUCCCCCUCGCUUUCCCUUCCUGUUGUUCCCGCUCCUCCCGUCGAUCCCGUCGCUUUCGUCCCUCACGUCGCUCACGUUGCUCCCGUCGCUCUCUUCCCUUCGGUCCCUCCCGUCCCUCUCCGUCUCUCGCCUUCCUUCCCUCUUCGCCUCUCCCCUUUCCCUACACAGUCCUACCCUCAGCACUGUGUCCCCCCUUCCCUAUGUGCAGCGUCCCCGCUUCCCUACGCACAUUUCCCGCCCCCUUUCCCUACGUGCAUUCACAUGCCCCAUGCCCCACGUCCCAUGCCCCAUGCUCUCUUUGCCUCUUCGCCUCUUCUAUUCAUCCCUCCUUCCUUCCCGUCUCUGGUCCUACCCUCCCUUCCCGCUCCUCGCUCUUCGCGCUCGUAUUGUUUGCCCUGCCUGCCGCCCUCACUUUCCGUGCGUGCCGCCUUUGUUCUCCCUGCCCGUUCGGAGCACUAGUGUUCCCCCUUUCUGAACCAAUCCGCUUCCCCCCUCCCUUCUCUCUCCCUCUCCCCCUUCCAUAUCCCAUGUGCCCAUCCUCAACCCGCUCUCUCACUCCCGACGCUCACUCACUCCCAACGCUCUCUCACUCCCGACACUCUCUCACUCCCGACACUCUCUCACUCCCGACGCUCUCUCACUCCCGACGCUCUCUCACUCCCUACAUCCUCAAUCUUUCCCCCUCUCCCCCACUGUUCCCCCUCACCCUCACCUCAGCCUUUUCCCAACUCCACUCACCCCUGCUGCCCCAAGCUGCCACCACAUCCCCUCCUUUCCCACUCGCCCCCUCCCUCCUUUCCCUCUCAGCCCCUCUCCAUCCCCCUCUCAGCCCCUCUACCCCUUUCCCUCUCAGCCCUUCUCCCCCCCUCUUUUCUCAGCCCCUCUACCCCUUUCCCUCUCAGCCCCUCUAA